UUCACGCAGAGAAAAAAAAGGGGUUCUUAUCCAUUGAAUGAGUUAUUCCUUCCUCUUGAAGUCAUUGACCUUGAAUAAUGAAUAUUGACUUCUAGGCAGUGUAAUCGACUUGAAAUCAAUGCCAAGCCCCUUUUUGUAUCCAAAGCAAGAACCCAGAAAUCAGACCACUGAACUCAACAGGACUUUGAGAAAUUUUAAAAUGGUAUCUUCCUUUUUCAUUGCCGUAGUGGCAAUAUUAUGGGUUACCUUUGCUACAACUGUGACAUCUCAAUCAUCGUCCCCAGAAUUGGAGGCUUUGCUCAAGACAGGGUGGUGGAAUAAUACCAACCUCAACAUGUCAAGUUCUUGCAAUUGGCUUGGUAUAGCUUGUGAUGAAGGUGGAAGCGUCACAAAGAUUGAUCUCCGAGAUAAUGAACUUAAAGGGAGCAUACCACCAGAGAUAGGUAAUUUUUCAAAACUGACCCGCUUGGACCUGUCUUAUAAUUAUGUUUCGGGUGAGCUACCUAUUUCACUUGCCAGACUUACUCAAUUAAAGGAACUUCUCCUUAGUAACAAUCAUAUUACCGGCUCCAUUCCUGUAGAAAUAUCAAAUUUGGAGAAUUUGGUGACUCUAGACCUGAGUUUUAACAUUCUGAUUGGUCCAAUACCACAUGGUUUCAAGUCUCCUGAGGCAUUCAUCGGCAACAAGGAUUUGUUCGGUGAUAUCACAGGUUUCCCCCCUUGUCCACGCCCAACCAAGGAAAAAAAAAUUUUUCUUUGGAAAAUUUUACUUCCCAUUAAUAUUUUCCUUGCUGUCUUAUUUUUUGGAUAUUUAUUCGUGAGAAUGAGAUAUAUAUUUCCUGCUUUUAAAUUUAGCCUGAUGUCUCAAAAGAUCCAAUGUGAAGGUGAGGGAAGAGCUACAAAGAAUGGGGAUUUAUUCUCAAUUUGGACUUUUGAUGGAAAGAUUGCUUAUGAAGACAUCAUUAAUGCAACGGAGGAUUUUAACAUCAAAUAUUGCAUCGGGAUGGGUAGUUGUGGCAGCCUGUACAAAGCACAAUUGCCUAGUGGCAAAGUGGUUGCUUUGAAGAAACUUCAUAGUAUUGAAGCUCACGUCCCAGGUAUAACUAAAAGCUUCCAAAAUGAGAUCAAAAUUUUAACAAACAUACGUCAUCGAAAUAUUGUUAGGCUUCAUGGAUACUGUGUUCACAAACGAUGCAACUUUUUGAUUUAUGAAUACAUGGAAAGAAGAAACUUAUAUGGGGUACUAAGCAGUGAUGUGGAAGCUAAGGAAUUGACUUGGAGAAUAAGGGUAAAUAUCAUAAGAGGGAUAGCACAUGCUUUAUCUUACAUGCAUCAUGAUUCCAAUCCAUCGAUAAUUCACCGAGACAUAACUAGUAGUAAUAUUCUAUUGAACUCAGAACUAGAGGCUUUUGUUGCUGACUUUGGCAUGGCUAGAUUUAUUGACCCCACUUCCUCAAAUCCAACGAAAUUAGCUGGCACUCAUGGAUAUAUGGCACCAGAACUUGCCUACACCACUGUUGUGACAGAAAAAUGCGAUGUUUACAGUUUUGGUGUAAUAGCAUUAGAAACAAUAAUGGGAAAGCAUCCAGGAGAGUUCAUCUUAUCUUUAUCAUCGUCCUCGUCAUCAUCUACUAAACACAUGAUGCUUAAAGAUAUAUUGGACCCACGUCUCUCUCAUCCCUUGUAUAGACCAGUUGGUCCAAGUGUGGUUCUUGUAGUAAUACUAGCCCUGACAUGCCUUCGUUCUGACCCAAAAUCUCGGCCUACAAUGCGACAUGUGUCUCAAGAGCUUCUUGUUCCAAGACCAGCUUUGCCCGAGUCUUUUCAUGAUAUUUCAAUCCAGCAGCUGAUGAAUCAAGAAAUAUAUGUGGUAGACCAGAAUUAGGGAGCAUUUAUGGAUGUCAUGUAGCCAAAGGUGAGCUAUACAUUGAAUUUAGACCAAAAGUACUACUUUUCCAUAAGCAUUGCAAUUGGGUACACAGAAUCGGGAUUACAAUUGGAAUGAUAAUCUUUGUUACUAGAAAUAAAAUUUGUUGUAAUGAAAUAAUUAAACUUAUUCAUAA